CUGAGAGAGGUGACAAUAGAAAGCUGAAGUGCAGAGCCAUGGAAGAAGGACAUAAUUGUGGGAAACCUUUGGAAGAGAGGAGAGGGAAGCUGACCGUAGUCCUGGCCUUGGCUACCCUUAUAUCUGCCUUUGGAUCAUCCUUCCAGUAUGGAUACAAUGUGGCUGUGGUCAACUCUCCAUCUCUGUUGAUGCAGCAGUUCUACAAUACUACCUACUUGGAGCGUUAUGGCCGACCCAUGGAGGAUAGCUUCCUAACCCUCCUGUGGUCCCUGUCUGUCUCCAUGUAUCCCCUGGGAGGUUUCUUUGGCUCACUGAUGGUGGCCCCGCUCGUCAACAAACUAGGAAGGAAAGGCACCCUCCUCUUCAACAACAUCUUCUCCAUUGUUCCUGCUGUGAUGAUGGGAGUGAGCGAGAUCGCUAAGUCAUACGAGAUCAUCAUCGUGGCUAGGGUUAUGGUGGGGAUCUGCGCAGGCCUUUCAUCCAACGUGGUGCCCAUGUACCUGGGUGAACUGUCUCCUAAGAACCUGAGAGGAGCGAUCGGCGUCGUGCCUCAGCUCUUCAUCACCAUCGGGAUCCUCAGCGCACAGGUGUUAGGCAUCAGGAGCAUUCUGGGAAACAACACAGGCUGGCCUCUCAUGCUGGGUCUAACAGGUAUCCCUGCCCUGAUAGAGCUGUUGCUGCUGCCGUUCUUCCCAGAGAGCCCCAGGUACAUGCUGAUCCAGAGAGGAGACGACAAGACCGCCCGGAGAGCACUGCAGCGUCUGCGAGGCUGGGAGGAUGUGGACGAAGAGCUGGAUGAGAUGAGGCUGGAGCACCAAUCAGAACAAGCCGAGGGCCGUCUGUCUGUCCUCAACCUCCUGUCCCUGCGCUCCCUGCGCUGGCAGCUCGUCUCCAUCGUAGCCAUGAACAUGGGUCAACAGCUGUCUGGGGUCAACGCGAUCUACUACUAUGCUGACAGUAUCUACAGCUCAGCGGGAGUCAAGGAGAGUGACAUCCAGUACGUCACAGUCGGAACUGGGGCUGUCAACGUCUUCAUGACCAUCACUGCGGUCUUCAUUGUGGAGGCCACAGGCAGGAGGCUGCUCCUCCUCGUUGGGUUUGGGAUCUGCUGUGUGUCCUGUGCUCUCCUCACUGUGACCCUAACCUUCCAGGAAAGUGUGGAGUGGAUGUCCAAUGUCAGCAUCGCCUGUGUCAUCGUCUAUGUUAUCGGACACGCCAUCGGACCAAGUCCUAUUCCCUACGUGGUGACCACAGAGAUGUUCCGCCAGUCGUCGAGACCAGCAGCCUUCAUGGUGGCAGGGUCGAUCCACUGGCUGUCCAACUUCACCGUGGGACUGGUGUUCCCCUUCAUGGAGAGAGGCCUGGGCCCCAACAGUUUCAUCAUAUUCUGCUUCAUCUGCUUGGCGACUCUGGUCUACAUCUGGCUGGUCGUCCCGGAGACCAAGAACAAGACCUUCCUGGAGAUCAACCAGAUGUUCGCUCACAGGAACCAGGUGGAGAUACAGGUGGGAAACGCUCCGUUGAAACCAGAGACAGGAGACGGCAGGGAAGAUGACGCAUUCAAGGUCACUGCCUUCUAAGUAGGAGGAUUACGGCCAUUUAAGGACUCUGUCAGAGAGAAGAAAAGAGAAGGAAAAAGAGGCUGUUCUAUUUGAAGGCUGACAGACUGGACUAUAACCAGUUGGUGUAAUCUGUAUUUAUUAAAUUAUUUAUAUCAA